AUGCUGGCUGGCUGGCGGCGGGUGGCGCGGACCGCCGUGAGCGGCCUGAGGCGAGUGGGGCCGGGCCGGCUCGGUGGCUGCAGCACGGCCACCACGAGAUGGGUCAGCACCAGCUGGUCCCCGGUGGGAGCCGCCUUCAAUGCCCAGCAGCAGCACAGACGGGAGGUGGGGAAGAAAACGGGUUUGUUUGGUGUAACAGAGCUGAACUGUCCAGAAGGAUUUCAAGAAGCUCAAGAAAAAUCAUUGCAAGAAACGGAACGCUUAGUACAAAAAGCAUGUACUGCACCUCCUGGGAAGGAAAUAAUUAUGAUAUUUGAUCAACUCUCAGAUGCCUUGUGUAGAGUGGCAGAUCUAGCUGACUUUGUGAAAAUUGCCCAUCCUGACCUUGCUUUCAGAGAAGCUGCUGAGGAUGCCUGUAGAAGCAUUGGCACCAUGGUAGAAAAAUUAAAUACAGAUGUAGAUUUGUGUCAAAGUCUGAGAAAAUUGGUGGCUGAUAAAGAUAUUAUGGCUUCCCUUGAUCCAGAAACAAGGAGAGUGGCAGAACUUUUCAUGUUUGAUUUUGAAAUCAGUGGUAUUCAUUUGGAUGAGGAAAAGCGUACAAGGGCAGUAGAUCUCAAUGUCAAAAUACUGGAUUUAUGUAAUGAAUUUCUCAUGGGAUCUCACCUUCCAAACAAAAUUGAGAAGCAUAUUUUACCAGAACAUAUUCGGCACAACUUUGCAGUUGAAGGCAAUCAUGCCCAAAUCACUGGUCUCAAUGCUGAUAGUCCAGAUGAUCUGGUACGUGAAGUUGCCUACAAGGUUUUUCUCUACCCAAAUACACAACAACUGCACUGUUUAGAGGAACUGCUUACCAACAGAAACCUUCUCGCCCAGUUAGUUGGAUAUGAUACAUUUGCUCAUCGGGCUCUUCAGGGAACAAUGGUCAAAACCCCAGAGAAAGUAAUGCAAUUUCUUGUAAAGCUUUCAGAUAAGUUAUCCAGUCGAACUGUGAAGGAUUUUGAAAUGAUGGAAGGCAUGAAAAUGAAACUAAAUCCUAUCAAAUCAAAAUUUAUGCCUUGGGAUCAUCCAUACCACAGUGGUGUCCUACGUGCUGAGAGGUAUAAUAUUGAACCCAGCCUGUAUUGUCCCUUUUUCUCUCUUGGAGCAUGUAUGGAAGGACUGAACAUCCUGUUCAAUAAACUCUUUGGGAUCUCGCUUUAUGCUGAACAGCCUGAGAAGGGAGAGGUGUGGUGUGAGGAUGUUCGCAAACUGGCAGUUGUCCAUGAACAAGAAGGAUUAUUGGGGUAUAUCUACUGUGAUUUCUUUCAAAGACCAGAAAAGCCUCAUCAGGAUUGCCACUUUACGAUACGUGGAGGCAGACUAAGGGAAAAUGGAGAAUACCAGCUUCCUGUUGUUGUCCUUAUGUUAAGUUUGCCCCAUUCCACUAGUGGAUCACCAGCGUUGCUAACUCCUGGAAUGAUGGAAAAUCUCUUUCAUGAAAUGGGACAUGCGAUGCAUUCUAUGCUGGGAAGAACUCGAUAUCAACAUGUUACUGGGACAAGAUGUUCUACUGACUUUGCUGAAGUUCCCUCUAUCUUGAUGGAGUACUUUGCAAAUGAUUAUCGAGUGGUGAACCAAUUUGCAAGGCAUUAUAAAACAGGUCAGGCACUGCCCAAAAACAUGGUGUCAAGGCUCUGUGAAUCUAAAAAAGUUUGUGCUGCUGCUGAUAUGCAGCUUCAGGUCUUUUAUGCUGUUUUGGACCAAAUAUACCAUGGGAAGCAUCCUCUACCAAAGUCAACCACAGAAAUUUUAAAGGAAACACAAGAGAAAUUUUAUGGAUUGCCAUACGUUCCUAAUACUGCCUGGCAGCUCCGAUUCAGCCAUCUUGUGGGUUACGGUGCCAAGUACUAUUCCUACCUCAUGUCUAGGGCUGUGGCAUCCAUGGUAUGGAAACAGUGUUUCGUGCAGGAUCCCUUCAACAGGGCAAUGGGUGAACGUUAUCGCAGAGAAAUGCUAGCACAUGGUGGUGGAAAAGAACCCAUGCUCAUGGUUCAAGGGAUGCUUCAGACACGUCCAUCAAUGGAAGACUUUGUGGAUGCCCUUGUGUCAGACUUAGAUCAAGACUUUGAAACAUUCUUUAUGGAUUCUGAAUAACAGAGAAGAAAAAUUACACGUUCUGGUGAAGGCUGUGUUUCACCAAAACUUAUUAUCAACAGUGUACAUAGAACGUCUGUGGAUCACAUUGCCAUAUCUUGAUGAGUGCUUGUGAAAAUGCUUGUGUAAAAUAAAUGGUUUAUCUGGAGAGUAAA